UGCUCUAUCCCGCAUGUACCCCGGAUGGGACCCCGACGCAGCUCCCCAAGUAUAUGAUACCCCAGGCACGCACAGAUUACUCUGUAGAAUUGCUUUCACCCAACCCAACUCCUUGUACCAGGUGGCAAGCCUACACGCUUCGAACAUCUGAAUCCACCAUCCAGCAUGACUCCCAACACUGAAGACAAGCCUGUUACGGGCACCUUGCACUUUGAGAAUGCUGUUCCUGUUGACUAUGAGCCCGAUGGCGCAAUGAGCAUAGGCCGGUACCUUUCGACAAGAAUGUCGACCUUGAGGCCGACCAUGAGCCUUCCCCCAUCACCUUUUAAACUACUUGCCAUGCUCAACCGUCAGCAGUGGCUUUAUUUCGGCGUCGGCAUGUGUGCCUGGACGUGGGACGCCUUCGACUUUUUCUCAGUCAGCCUGACGCUGACGGACCUGGCGGCUUCAUUCCACAAGUCGAACACGGACAUCUCCUGGGGCAUCACAGUGGUCUUGAUGCUGCGCUCGGUCGGAUCCAUUAUCUUCGGUCUAGCUUCCGACCGAUACGGACGCAAGUGGCCCUUUGUUAUUAACAACGUGCUUUUCAUCAUGCUCGAGCUCGGCACUGGUUUCUGUCAAACAUAUAAGCAAUUCCUCGCAUGUCGCGCCUUAUUUGGCAUCGCCAUGGGUGGAAUGUACGGCAAUGCCGUCGCCACUGCCCUGGAAGACUGCCCUGCCGCAGCCCGAGGCUUGAUGUCUGGCAUCCUGCAAAUGGGCUAUAUCUUGGGUUACCUCCUGUGCACGGUAUUCGCGCGGGCUCUCGUCGACACCACAUCCCACGGAUGGCGACCUUUAUACUGGUUCGGCGCCUGCCCGCCUGUACUCUUCAUCAUUUACCGUCUGUGUCUGGACGAGACACAGACUUUCAAGGAGCGCGAGACGGUCCGCAAAGUCAACAUGCACAGCACCCAAACCUUCGUCGCAGAGACAAAGGUCGCUUUCCGACGCCACUGGCUGCUGUUGAUUUACAUGGUGCUACUGCUGGCGGGCCUUCAAUUCCAGACGCACGGAACACAAGACCUGUACCCAACUUUGCUUAAAAACCAGUAUGGCCUUUCGGCGAAUGCGAUCACCGUGACCCAGGUGGUUGCCAAUAUCGGUGCGUUCAGCGGCGGCGUCACAGUCGGGUAUUUGUCGCAGGUCUUUGGACGUCGACUGUCGGUAAUCGUGGCCUGUACCGUGGCUGGACUGCUGCUCUACCCAUACACUUUCACCUCCAGCAAGGCCAUCAUCGCUGCGGCUUUCUUUGAACAAUUCUUUGUCGAGGGCGCCUUGGGCGUGGUCCCCAUACACCUGAUGGAACUUUCUCCGGGAUCUCUGCGAACCUUUGCCGUGGGAACGGCCUAUCAGUUGGGCAAUCUGGCCUCAUCGGCCAGCUCGACAAUUGAGGCCAAGCUGGGCGAGCGUUUCCCAUUGACUCCUACGGCGAAAGGUGUCAAGCGUUAUGACUAUGGAAAGGUCAUGUGCAUCUUGUCCGCAUGUGCUCUGGUCUUUGUCAUCAUAUUGAUGUUGAUCGGCCCCGAGAAACGCGGUAUAGCUCUGGAUGUUCGCCACGACGAAGAUAUGGAGGAGGUCGUGGGCCAUGUUGACAUAGACAAAGUUCUUGACCAUGGGAUGCAGGAUCGCCACGAUGAUGUCGAGGUGGCGCGCUAGGCUUGAUUGCUCAGGGUUGUAGCUCCAGGAUGUAAGUAGAGGUGGGACUUGGGUGUCGAACUCACUUGUCUCAGACUAGCUGUAACGUUGAAUAGACGAUAAAUCGGAUUGUUUGGUGGAACAUGUGCCCUGUAAGAUGUACCGAUCAAGUCCUCAUGGUUUUGCCGAUUAGACACGACAAGGCAUUUUCCAGAGAAGGUGGCACCGUCUGACCGCUGUACCUCUUCAGGUCCAAAUAGAUAUCCUUCCUUGUUGU